GCCCAAGUAAGAGAGAUGGAGGAAGAGGCAGAGAAAUUGAAGGAGCUUCAGAAUGAGAUGGAAAAACAGAUGAACAUGAGCCCCUUCCCAGGCAAUGCUGGCCCAAGGAUCAUGUCCAUUGAGGAGAAGAUGGAGGCUGAUUCCCGAUCCAUCUAUGUAGGCAAUGUGGACUAUGGUGCAACAGCAGAAGAGCUGGAGGCACACUUCCAUGGUUGUGGUUCAAUUAAUCGAGUUACCAUCCUUUGUGACAAGUUCAGUGGCCAUCCUAAGGGGUUUGCAUAUAUAGAAUUUUCAGAUAAAGAUUCGGUCAGGACAUCGAUGGCCUUGGAAGAUUCUCUUUUCAGAGGAAGACAGAUCAAGGUGACACCAAAACGGACCAAUCAGCCGGGGAUCAGCACCACAGAUCGGGGUUUUCCAUGUGGCAGAUAUCGUGCCAGGACUACUAACUACAGUCGUUCACACUCUCGAUUCUAUAGGGGCUUCAACAACAGACCCCGGGGCCGGGUCUACAGGGGCCAAGCUAGAGCAAUGUCAUGGUAUUCCCCUUACUAA